GCCAGCUUUGGGCACGCGUUGGAGUGAGAUGAGAUCACCCGCACCGGACGGAUUAGAUUAGAAUUUCUGGUACAUUUAUUAACGUCACGCUUAUAUUAACACCGCCAGUCUUUGAUCUCGUUGGAUCAUGAAACACUGACCACAUGUUGAUAAGAUCGGACGGACCAGAGGCAGCUUUUGAGGGACUCUUGAUCUGGCUAAGUGGACUGAGUGAUCGUUUAAAGGGAAUCUCGUAUUUGACUCAUCUAAUACAGUGACUUCACCAGAUCAAAGCGUUUCUGCCUUCACCAAACGUCUCCAGCAUCUACAGUGAAGGAUGAACCACCUGUCUUUGAGUGAGCUAUGUUGCCUUUUCUGCUGUCCACCGUGCCCGAGCAGAAUAGCUUCCAAGCUGGCCUUCCUUCCACCGGAGCCCACUUACACCCUGAUGUGUGACGAGAGCGGCAGCCGCUGGACCCUUCACCUUUCUGAGCGUGCAGAUUGGCAGUACUCUGCCAGGGAGAAGGACGCCAUUGAGUGCUUCAUGACCCGGACAUCUAGAGGGAACCGAAUCGCUUGUAUGUUUGUGCGGUGUUCUCCAAACGCUCGCUACACCUUGCUGUUUUCCCACGGUAACGCUGUAGACUUGGGUCAGAUGAGCAGUUUCUACAUUGGCCUGGGCUCCCGCAUCAACUGUAACGUGUUCUCCUAUGACUACUCGGGUUACGGGGCAAGCUCAGGGAAGCCUUCAGAGAAGAAUUUGUAUGCUGAUGUAGAUGCUGCAUGGCACGCACUACGAACAAGGUACGGGAUCAGGCCAGAGAACGUGAUCAUUUAUGGCCAGAGCAUCGGUACAGUCCCUUCGGUGGAUCUGGCCUCUCGAUACGAGAGCGCUGCUGUCAUCCUCCACUCGCCUCUGACCUCAGGCAUGCGGGUGGCUUUCCCUGACACCAAGAAGACAUACUGCUUUGACGCAUUUCCCAACAUUGAUAAAAUCUCUAAAGUCACCUCUCCAGUGCUGGUGAUCCAUGGUACGGAAGACGAGGUGAUUGAUUUUUCCCAUGGACUGGCCCUGUACGAGCGCUGCCAGCGGCCCGUGGAGCCACUGUGGGUGGAGGGAGCGGGACACAAUGAUGUGGAGCUGUAUGGACAGUACCUGGAGCGCUUGAAACAGUUUGUGGCUCACGAACUUGUAAACUUAUAGAUGGACUUCAAGAUCAGGACUCGCAUUACUUGAUGAACAUGCCCCUGGUGCCCAGCAGGCGACUGUGAACUUGACAACGGUUUUCUCACCUGUGUUUUUUUUCUUAUUCUAAUUAAGUUGCACUUCUCCACAGAUAAUAGGAGAUGUGCCUUUACUGCCUUUCUUAGGGGUGUGUUUGUGUAACUGUACUUCUGCCGGAUGUUUCGGUGACCCGGCUCUGUGUCUUGAUACCAUGUACUAAAGAAUCAAGCCCAUUACAUAAAUCCGUUUUUUUUUGCUGUAUGCAUGUGAUCAUGUACACAACGGAGUACUGUAAAAAUGCAACAUUCUGACACAAAUAAUUAAUUGCCAUACAGGUGAUGCCAAAUAAUACGUUCAACUUUGUAUGUACAUGUUUCUAAAAACAUACUUCAAUGUGUACAAUCUAUAUCAAAUUAGUAUCUUUUGUUUCUCCAUGUACUUACAUUUGUCUGCGCUCUUAAGUGUAUUCUCUGUCCUAGACCUUUAAAACGAUGCUGGACAAUAUGAUAGUGAUAUCCGUUUUAACUUUCUAAUAAACAAAUAAAUAGACUUUUCAAAUAAAGAAACAAUCUUGUGGCUUUCAAUAGCCCAAAGCAAACACGCCUGCUCGAUCAGCAUUAGUGGUAUCUACUUUUGCACUUUUUUUAUGGAAAUAAUCCAUUGGACCUCUCGUUUACGCAUACACUGAAUUUAACUCUUGAUUCUGUUUGGAGUCAUUGCUUUGAUUUUUUUUUUUUUUUUUUUGGUCCAAAUGUAAUUUAUACUAUCUUGUGUCUCGGAUGAAAUGCACACAGCUUUUGUUGUUUUGCGCCAUGAUAAGGCUGUUACUUUGCAAUCUUCUGCUGAAUUUAGGCAGCGACGUUUAGUUUCUCUGCAGAGAAGCACUGGACAUGGUGGGAAGUGUUUGGAAGGAUGUGGAAGUCUGUACAUGGAAACUGAGCAACGCUCUAAAGUAAAUCUUAGUACUUCUCAAAUGUAAAGGAGGACUGUCACCCUGUUCAACUUUGUAAAUAUCCUUCGUUUGAAUGGUGUUUUUUUUAUUUCCUGAAUGAUUGUACUAUGAAACUGAUAAUAAUGUUAUUAGCAAUGUAAAUUGAUUUAUUAUUAUGCUAUGUAUGGCACAGAUUAGACUAACUGGUCAGACUGAAGCACAAGCUGCUUCAAUUUUUCCGGUCGUGUUGUUUUUCUGUUUUUGUAAACACCCAUUGUAAAAGAAAUUGCUAUACUGUAUGUAAUUAUGAUCUUGAAUAGUUAUAAUACAAAAUUGGAAGUAAACAUGUAUUUCAGAGACUAAAAAGCUAAAAGAAAUAAAAUCCAGUUGUGGUAGUAUUGA